GAGACCGAUUUCACAGUCGUUGAGUUCCGUCUUGAUUUUAGUAAUCAUUUCAAGUUGUACAUAAUGGAUCCAUUACUCUUCUACUUGGGCACCACGACCGUGACCCCUUCCUUGGAGCUCUUCUUGGCCAGCUCGACCAUCUCAAUGACGGACGCAGACUCCUCCCAUUUGACUGCUUGCUCGGCGCCCUCUCUGAUCACAGCAGCGAGGUUUCUGAACAGAUCCGCGUAACAUCCUGGCUCGGAAGGCCACCUGUGAAACAUCCGCGUCAAUCCAAACUCACGAAGGUGAGGCGUGGACAGUCUCACGUGGUCUUGGUCAUAGUCACAUCGUCUGCCGCGACAUUCUCGAGCGUGCCCCAGAUGCGCUCAUCUUCGACGCCGUACUCUUUCGCGUGGAUGUCCUUGGGCGAGGCGAUGACCUUGAGCUGGUCCUCCUGCGGGUCGACGCCGAACUUGAUGUACGAUCCCUUGGUCCCGAGGAUCGAGUACCGGGGCUGCGCCGAGCGUACAGACAGCAGCUGAGCACGCGCAAUCGCAGUCACCGGCCGGGGCAGAGUCGCAGACGCCGCGUAGUGGAGGAAGAUGGUGAACUGGGGCGAGCGUCAACCCAUAAUGCGAGUGGGAUAGAGCUGAUUUACGCACGCUGUCAUCUACAUCCGGGUGUCCUACUCCCCGGCUGUUCUGGAUGAACGCGGUGAUCUUGUCGGGUCGGCCGAAGAGCGAGAGGACCUGAUCCAUGAGAUGCGUGCCCAGAUCAAAGGUGUGGCCUGAACCUGGCGCAGGCUCGUCCUUCCAUGUAUUCUUGAUCCCCCGGCGGAAACGAUCAAAGCUGGGGGGAUGGUCGGUUUCUAUCUUGCAAAUAACUAUCGCCGGACACUCACUGCGUCUCGAACUCAACAACAUCGCCGAUCGACUGGGGCGAUGAAGGGGGCAGGGACAGCAGUUUCUUGAGAGACAAAAGUCCGAGUCGAAUCGGCGGUUCUGGAACGGAUAGAGGACUAAUCCUUUCUCUUUCGCGAGCAAUCCGAGUUCCCUCGCCUCAGCAGAAGUACCGGAGACAGGCUUGUCGACGAGCACUAGUAGACACGUAAUUGAUCAUUCUCGAUCUCGAAAUCAAAUUGCAAACUGAGCCAGUGCUUACCGUGCUUGCCAGCUUCCAGCGCAGCCUUGGCAUACGGAUAAUGGGUUGCGUUGGGAGUUCCUGGGCUCCAUGAACCCUCUGUUCUCGAGUAGCCACGGGCAAGUUCGUACCAAUUACAACGAGCUCAAUCUCGGGGUCCGCAAGAACUUGCUCGAGAGUAUUGUGGAUUUUCUUGGUGAUCCCAAACCGCUCCUUCAAUUUGCCCCCGUCAGAAGCAGGGUUCCGCUCCAGCACUGCAACGAGGUCAAAAUGCUCCGGCAGUGCAAGGAUGAAAGGCGCAUGGAACGUCAGUCCCGCGAGUCCGACUCCGAGCACACAGGUCUUGAUGGGGGCUGGCAUGGUGGUAUUUGCAAGAUAACAAAUGAGCGGGACUACACUCUCCCGGCGGAUACUUACCCCAACACACAUGUUAUCUAAUCUGAUCUGAUGGAAGCCAAUCAAUGACAUCAGCGCCGUCCGCCCCGUUUUCGCCCCGCACAAAAGAAGCCGUGAUCUCCUCGCUUGCGCUCAAUCCAGUUUUCUCCACCUACGAACACGACCUACUACUCACGUUUACGACUCUCUCGCGUUACCUUCUCUCAUGCGAAUAAUCGCACCCGCUUCGGUUUUUUUCGCAGCCCUUGCCGUCCCCGCCUCCUGUCAGGGCAUCCCCUUCCCAAACCCGCCGUACUUCCCACCCAACGCGUCGUCCGGCGCCCAGCCCUCCGCAUCCUCCUCCAGCCUGCCAAAUCCACAAUGGGGCAACCUCUUAGGAAAUCUCCUGUACUUUUAUGAAGCCCAGCGGAGCGGGAACCUCACGGGCACGAACACCCGCGUGCCGUGGCGCAACUCGAGCUGCGUGAACGACGGCCACGAUGUUGGCCUGGACCUCAGCGGUGGGUACUAUGAUGCGGGAGACUACAUAAAAGCCACGUUCCCUCUGUCUUUCACGUUGAUGUCCAUUUGUUGGGGCGGGCUGGACUACGGCAAAGGAUACGACUCGACGAAUCAAACCGCCUACCUGGACGCCAUGGUGCGGUAUGGCCUAGACUACCUGAUCAAAGCCCACUCCGCUCCCAGUAACCUUUACGUUCUCGUCGGAAGCACCAACCUCGACGAUGCUUACUGGGGCGGGGAUCUGAAUAUUCCGACUGACCGACCUUCAUACGCUGUCAACGAUACACAUCCCGGGACGGACGUCGCAGCUGGCACUGCGGCGGCAUUCGCGGCCUGCUCCGCAUUAUACGCUGGCCAGGGGUUCGGUGGAAGCUACUCGGCUCCAGCUUCGCUGAAGGACACAACGUAUGCGGCGACACUCCUGCAGCAUGCACAGCAGCUGCACAGCUUCGCGGUCAACGCGACUGGUGGGCAGCGCACGUAUCAAACGUCCGUGCCCGCAGUGGCCCAGAGCUAUGGCUCGUCGACAUUCGGGGACGAGCUGACGAUCAGUGCACUGUUCCUUGCCUGGGCGAAUCAGUCUACGGCCUACUUCCAGGAAGCGCUUGGAUAUUACAAGCAAUACCAGCUUGCUGGGCAGAACAGUGUCUUCAACUGGGACAGCAAGACGCCCGGUGUGUUCGUGCUGUUCUCGCAGAUCGCCCAAUCGUCGUUGAGCAGCCUUGCUGGGAAUCUCGGCCCUUGGCAGACUGAAUGCGAGCGAUACUUUGACUAUAUCCUUAACAAUCAGGGCUCCACCCGAGGUGGCCUGCUGUAUUACGAUGGGGAUUCGAACGACGCCUCGUUAAACCCGGCGCUCAAUGCGGCUAUGUUGCUGGAAAGAUACUCCUCGAUGGCGUCGAGCUCUGGCAAGAUGUCGUCCUACCGCGUGGGUCUGGCUUACUGGCAGAUUGCGGAUCCUGAUGCUUACUACGUGUUGUCAGAGCUUCGCCCAAGCCCAGCUCGAUUACGUGCUGGGGAACAAUCCCAUGUCAGGCAAGUCGUUCUCCUCGCGAGCAGUGCCAUGCCAGUCUUUCUGAUGUCCGCAGUGCCCUACGUCGUGGGAUCCAACCCGAAUUCCCCGUCGAAUCCGCAUUCGGCCAUGGCUAGCGGGGGGAACGACAUCGGCAACAUCGACACCUCGCCGGCGGAGGAGGCGUAUGUCCUGUACGGCGCUGUCAUCGGCGGUCCAGAUCAGCACGACAGGUUCUUUGAUAUCCGCAGCGACUGGCCGGAGACAGAGGUCGCGCUCGACUACAACGCGCCGAUGCUCACGCUCGCGGCGAUGCAUGCCGCGAACGACACGGCGGACCCGUACUUCACCCGACUGCAGGCCGGGGCGUACGUGAAGCCAGGUGGCUCGCCGUGCGAUUCCGCGAUCUCGGGUGGGUGUGGGGGACCGCAUCUGUCCAAGGGCGCGAUCAUUGCAAUGGCCGUCGUGCUCAGUGUGGUCGGCGUUGUCAUUCUGGGAUUGCUGAUCUGGUAUAUUCGCUCGCUGCGGUCCAGAGGCAAAUAG